AUGAAUACUAUUUUAAAUUCGUCACUACCUACAUUAAUUGAUGAAAUUGUCGUCGUUGAUACUCUUCCCCCUAAUGCUGUAGCACAGAGACGAGCUGCAAAUUCUAUAAAUGAAGCCAACAAAAAACUUGCUGAAAGCCAACGAACGUAUAAUACUACGACUGAUCUGGAGUACACACGUAAAUCAGCUGAAAAAAAGGCAAAAUUUUUACAGGAACAGCAAAUUGUUGAAAGAUAUAAUUCUCCUG